GACCCAGCUCUGAAGAUCUCCAGGGAGGAAGAGGAAGCCUUCUACUUGAAGAGUUUCCUCUUACCUGACAUUGGCUGGGAAUGAAAACACUGCCUGCCAUGCUUGUGACUCCCCGGUCCUUUAGGGAAUUCUUCAUCCUUCUUCUGGGCCUCUGGAGCAUCCUUUGUAAGGAACCUACUAAGAGGAUCGGUGAAGAAUGCAGAGUGCAACUUAAAAUUAAGAGGAACUCUAGCCGCUCUGCCUGGACAGGAGAGUUAUUUAAAAUUGAAUGUCCUGUGACAUACUGUGUUCACAGACCUAAUGUGACUUGGUGUAAGCACAAUGGAACAAGAUGUGUACCCCUUGAGGUUGGACCCCAGCUGUACACUAGUUGGGUUGAAAAUGACCAGGCUUCAGCUUUUGUUCUCCAUUUUGAACCAAUACAUCUCAGUGAUGACGGGGCGUAUACCUGUUCUGCAAAGUUGAAUUCUGAGGUUAUUAAUAGCCACUCAGUAGUCAUCCAUGUGACAGAAAGGACUGAAAACUGUUCAGAAUACCCUCUAAUAACAGCAUCUGACAUCCCAAAUGCUACCAAUGCCUCAGGACCAUCUACCAUGGAAGAGAGGCCAGGCGGGACCUGGCUGCUUUACGCCUUGCUUCCCUUGGGGAUAUCGCUUCUGCUCCUUGCCUGUGUCUGCCUGCUCUGCUUUCUGAGAAGGAUCCAAGGGAAAGAAAAGAAGCCUUCUGACUUAGCAGGAAGAGAAAGGGAAACUAACUUGGUUGAUAUUCCAGUGAGUUCCAGGAUAAACUCCCAAAUACUGACAUCAGAAACUGGAAUUUAUGACAAUGACCCCUGGUCCAGUAUGCUGGGAGAAUCUGAAUCAACCAUUAGCUCACAAUUGGAGGGAAACAAACAGGGCAUUGUUUAUGCCUCUCUGAAUCAUUGUGUUAUUGGAAGGACCCCAAGACAGGCAAGCAAGAUUCAGGAGGCACCCACAGAAUAUGCAUCCAUUUGUGUGAGAAGUUAAACCGGCCGCUGACCCAGGCAGUGGGCACUGCACGAGUGCACGUCAAUACUUCAGUCUGUCAAAUAACCUUCAACCUGGGAAUUUUCAAUUAAGAUGCCUUGUGCUGGUGCUGUGUCUUAAAGGUCCAUGAAAUAUUUAGUUAAAAUUUCUCCUGAAAACCUGAAGAGUUUUGUACAAGAGCCUUGAACAACAGACUCUCCUUUGGGAAAAUUCAUAUUACAAAUAGCUAAAUAAUAGGAUAGUUAAAAUUGAUCAUGUCGUACCCAAUGUGUGAAUUCAAUAUUUUCUUUGGAACUACCACAGAGACUUACAGGGAAGAAAGAAGAGUGUUAUUUGGAUCUGUUCACUACACAGUCUAGAAAAAGAAUGGUCCAAUUGACUAAUCAUAAAUACAGAAAUGAUUGUAUGUUCUCAGUCUGUCAUAAGGAGACAA